AAACAUGUGAGGCAUUGAACUAAUUUGUGAAAUUGGAUUAUAGUUAUGGUUUCCUAUGUUUUGCAUUACUGGUGACGCUAUAUGCAUUUUUCUGUCAGCACAGAAUGAACACUAGGAAACAGGAUGAGCAGGAGGAAACACUUUCCUCCUCAUUUACAAACGAUACAAUGCCGUGUUUUGAUAAAUAAUCCUCCGGGUAACGUUUCUGUCAUUCUGAAAUUCAGACACAAGUGGGCGUUACCCGGAAGUUACAGUUUGUCCCAGUGUGCCUGCCGUAGUUCACGUUUUUUAUUUUGAUUCGCCUUCGCUGCUCACCCGACCAGCUGUCACUGAUUGUUUAUCCAAAGAAAAAUCCUGUUUGUGUUUUGUAAUUAAAGUUCCAGUAAACACUUGGCGAUGUCUUCCGGUGGCGGAAUCCAGAUUCCCAGCCGCUUGCCUUUACUAUUAACUCAUGAAGGGGUUCUUUUGCCGGGCUCGACGAUGCGAAUUAGCGUCGACUCUUCGAGAAACAUGCAGCUGGUGAAGAGCAGGCUGCUGAAGGGAACCUCACUGAAGAGCACCAUCAUAGGAGUGAUUCCCAACACCAGAGACCCGGAGCAGGACAGCGACGAGCUCCCCGCUCUACACGGCGUUGGCACGGCAGGCCUGGCAGUCCAGGUAGUGGGCAGUAACUGGCCAAAGCCGCACUACACACUGCUCAUCACGGGUUUGUGCCGCUUCCGUGUGACGCAGCUGCUGAGGGAGAGACCCUUCCCCGUGGCUGUGGUGGAGCAGCUGGACAAGCUGGAGCAGUACACAGAGGGAGAGCAGCUAGAUGGAGAGCUGGGAGAACUUUCUCAGCGGUUCUACCAGGCUGCAGUGCAGUUGGUGGGAAUGCUGGACAUGUCAGUGCCUGUAGUAGCGAAGCUGAGGCGGCUGCUCGACAGUCUGCCCAGAGAAACCCUGCCUGACGUGCUUGCCUCCAUGAUCCGCACCUCCAACACAGAGAAGCUCCAGGUGCUGAAUGCAGUAGACUUGGAAGAGCGAUUUAAGAAGACUCUUCCUAUGCUCACUAGACAGAUUGAGGGCCUUAAACUGCUGCAGAAGACUCGUAAACCCAAACCUGAUGAUGAAAAGAGGGUGUUGGUUAUCCGUAAAGGCGGUGUGCUCCCCGGCCGUCAGUUCUCUCUUGAUGAGGAAGGUGAGGAUGAGGAUGGUGAUGACAUGACUGUGCUGGAGAGGAAGGUGAAUGAAGCAGCAAUGCCUGAGUCUGCUCUACGUGUAUGCCUAAAAGAACUCAAGCGUCUGAAGAAGAUGCCCCAGUCCAUGCCAGAGUAUGCUCUCACCCGCAACUACCUGGAGCUCAUGGUGGAGCUGCCUUGGAGCAAGAGCACCAAGGACUGCCUGGACAUUCGGGCUGCACGGGUGCUUCUGGACAACGAUCACUACGCCCUUGAGAAGCUGAAGAGGCGGGUGCUGGAGUACCUGGCAGUGCGGCAGCUCAAGAGCUCCCUUAAAGGUCCUAUUCUGUGCUUCGUGGGGCCUCCAGGUGUGGGAAAAACCAGCGUGGGCCGCUCCAUCGCUCGCACCCUGGGCAGGGAGUUCCACCGUAUCGCCCUGGGAGGAGUGUGUGACCAGUCAGACAUCCGUGGCCACAGGCGAACCUACGUGGGGAGCAUGCCUGGCCGCAUCAUCAAUGGUCUGAAGACUGUAGGCGUCAACAAUCCUGUAUUUUUAUUGGACGAGGUGGACAAAUUGGGCAAGAGCCUGCAGGGAGACCCCGCUGCUGCCCUGCUGGAGGUUCUGGACCCAGAGCAAAACCACAGUUUUACUGACCACUACCUCAAUGUGGCCUUUGACCUCUCACAAGUCCUCUUCAUCGCCACGGCAAACACCACAGCAACCAUCCCCCCUGCUCUGUUGGACAGAAUGGAGGUGCUGCAUGUGCCAGGAUACACACAGGAGGAGAAAGUGGAAAUCGCUCAUCGGCACCUGAUCCCCCAUCAGCUUGAGCAGCAUGGCCUCACUCCUCAGCAGCUCCAGAUCCCUCAAGACACCACACAGGAGAUCAUCAGCAAGUACACGCGGGAAGCAGGUGUGCGCUCUUUGGAGAGGAAGAUUGGAGCCAUCUGUCGGGCGGUGGCUGUGAAAGUAGCAGAAGGUCAUAAGAUGUCAAGAUCGGAGUCGUCCAGUGAAUCCGGAGCAGGUCAGGAUCGAGCAGGUACAGGACAGGAUUCUGACAUGGCAGCUCCUCCCGAGAUGCCCAUUGUCAUUGAUCACGUUGCCCUCAAAGACAUUUUGGGGCCACAGCUCUUUGAGAUGGAGGUAUCAGAGCGUCUGACUCUGCCCGGUGUGGCUAUAGGCCUGGCCUGGACUCCGCUUGGUGGAGAGAUCAUGUUUGUGGAAGCCAGUCGUAUGGAGGGUGAAGGUCAGCUCACGCUAACCGGCCAGCUGGGUGAUGUCAUGAAGGAGUCAGCACAUCUGGCCAUCAGCUGGCUCCGCAGCAAUGCCAAGAUCUACCAGUUAACAAACAUUGCAGGCUGUGCUGACCCUCUUGAAGGCACUGACAUCCACUUGCACUUCCCAGCGGGUGCAGUCACUAAAGACGGCCCCUCUGCUGGAGUUACUAUCGUAACAUGUCUAGCCUCUCUGUUCAGCGGGCGGCUGGUGCGCUCUGAUGUGGCCAUGACAGGAGAGAUCACUCUGAGAGGCCUGGUGCUGCCGGUGGGUGGCAUUAAGGAUAAAGUCCUGGCAGCUCACCGUGCUGGUCUCAAAAGAAUCAUUCUCCCCAAACGUAACGAAAAGGACCUAGAGGAGAUUCCAGCCCACAUCCGUGCUGAACUGGACUUCGUCCCAGCUAGUUCUUUAGACGAGGUUCUUAACGCUGCCUUUGACGGUGGAUUCCCUACUGCCACCAUAACACACCCACAGGUUAGCAGCAAGCUCUGAAACUGCAAAUACUUUGUCUCUCAUUCACACAUACACACACAAGACAACCUUUCAUGGUUCUUUGAAACUGAAAGCACUAGGGUGAACGUAAGGUUCAGCUCAUGGAGUUCUGAAAAUGUACUUAUUUCUGUUUAAUAAGCCAGUGUGAUAAUCCUAUAAUAAUUACAUUCGAAUAGAAAAAUUAAUGUUUAACAAUGCACCAAUAUUAGAUUUGUUACAGUGAAGUAUUUCAUGCCAUGAACAUGGUUCCUGCAUGUGAACACAGGACACAGAAUGUCUUAGUUGUCUGUCAUUUCUGAUACUUUGGUAGCAGAAGCUUUCAGAGAGUCACUCUCUUACUGUACCAGCUGAUACUCAGAGCUCUGAUAACAUUAUUGUAUCAAAAAAUAAGAUUGCUGCAUCCACACUAAUUUUAUUUUUAUUAAUGAUGUUAAAAUAAAGUACUUCUGUUACUAAUAAGAGAUCCUCUGCUACGUUUGAGGGAACAAGUCACUGAACUGGUUAUAAUUUCUGAUCUAGAGAAAUGUGAUGUCCAGUAGCUUGCUAUUAUAUCACUUAAUGUUUGAAAGGUACUGUGGAGCAGUAGUAAAAACAGUGUAUUACAAUCAUUUAGAAUAUUAAAAAUAAUAAAGACUACUGUGAAUACUA